GCAAAGCAGCUGCUGGAUGCACCCAGGGUACCCCCAGCACCCCAAAUCCACUGGGAGCCGAUGGCCGAGGAGCCAGUGGCAGUGGCAAACACCAGCAUUGUCAACCUCGGAGGGCUGCACCAUGGCCCCCUCCUCACCAGCCCGGCCGGGGCCCCGCUCAUCAUCCUCAUUCUCCCGGCGCUGCUCCGCCCGGCCCGCAGCCUCCUGCCGCUCCAGAUGGGGAAGCACCGGGGUGUCCCUGGGAGUCCCGCCACCACCAGGAGCGGGGACAGCACCGGGUGACCCUCUCCUGCGCCCCCCAGCACGGCGGCCGUGCAGCCUCCCCCUCCUCCCUGGUGUCCUGAAGUCUCCGGCAGCCCGUGCCAGGCACGUCACCUUCGAGGAUGAGGUGGUGGCAUCAGGGAAACCCACAGGGAGCAUCCCCUCUGCCAAGGGGCGGGAGAAGCCGGGGGCCAGCUCCGUCCCCCCCGGGCUGGCACCUCGGCCACACGCUCUCCCAGACUACGUGGUAAGGUAUCCGGCAAUCCGGAGCUCCCAGCAGCGGGAAGGCUACAAGGGCGUCUUCCAGGAUCAGCUGUGGGAAUACACGGAGCUGCUCCGGGAGAUCCACAGCACGCUCCGCAGGGAGCUGGAGGCCGGCAGCACCAGCACGGCACCAGCUGCACGCCCUGCUCCAUCAGGCCGAGCCCCCGGGGCUCCGGAAUGUGUCUUUGCCCCGCAGGAUGGGAGCAGGAUGGCCCAUGUCUUGCAUGAGUACAUGAGGAAGAAGAAGGAUUGGGCCUUCCUGGCCAAGCAGCAGCGCUGCGAGUACCUGAAGCAGAAGCUGACGCACAUCAAGGCUCGGAUCCAGGAGUACGACCGUGACUGCGCUGGAACCUUCUGAGCCUCCACACCGGCACCAUGGCACCAGCACCGGGACCCCGGAGGGGCCUGCAGGGUCUGGGUGCUGGGGAAUGGGCUGGUGAUGCUGCCAUUGCACCCAGCUGGGCACUGAGAGUGAACCAAGGGCUCCCCGUGCUGCUGGUUUUGGGUCCUCUGGGCACUCUGUGCUCUCGGGGAGCCCUGGGAACCGGGUGGGUGCUGCCUGUACUCGUGUGGGAGCCAGGCCCUGCCUGCACCCCCUGGGUGUGUGUGGGGUGUUGGGGUCGGGGUGGGUGUAUGUAGAACUGGGUUUAAUAAAGCACAGUAAUGUUUUCA